AGAACACACUGACCACCACGCAGCGGCGAGCGAGCAAAGCUAGGCGCCAAUAAACCGAUAGAGCAAGAUGGUGAACUUCAUCGAGGCGCAGAAGCCGAUCCUAUCGCGGCUGAUGAAGAUGGCCGGGCUCCGCCCCGUCGAGGUCGAGGUCGAGCCGGGCAGCACCAUGCACGUCUGGGCGCCCAAGCACCACGUUGGCAAGAAGGGCACCACCAUCAGCCCGCUCGAGCCGGCCGGCGUCGGCGUGAGCACUGCCAAGAAGCCCGAGAGGAAGGGGAGGAAGAAGAGCCCCGAGACGAGGCCCAACGUGGUCCUCAUCCACGGCUUCGCCGCCGAGGGCAACGUCACGUGGCAGUUCAACUUCGGCGUGCUCGUGUCGCGCUACAACCUCUACAUCCCGGACCUGAUGUUCUUCGGCAAUUCGUCGACGGCGAGCGCUGACAGGUCGCCGGAUUUCCAGGCUGAGUGCGUGGCCGGGGCGCUCGCGCGGCUGGGCGUGUCGCGGUGCGACGUGGUGGGCUUCAGCUACGGGGGCAUGGUGGCGUUCAAGCUGGCGGAGGCGCGGCCGGAGCUGGUGCGCUCGCUCUGCGUGUCCGGGUCUGUGGUGGCCAUGACGGACGCGGUGAACAGAGAGACGAUGGAGCGGCUCGGCGCGGGGUCGUCGGCCGAGCUGCUGAUGCCGGAGACGCUCAAGGGGCUCAAGGCGCUGCUCUCCAUCUCCAUGUACAAGAAGAUGUGGUUCCCGGACAGGUUCUACAAGGACUACCUCAAGGUGAUGUUCACCAACAGGAAGGAGAGGAUGGAGCUGCUGCAGGGGCUGCUAACUAGCAACUUGGAUGCCAAGAUCCCUACAUUCCAACAGAAAAUAAUGCUGAUCUGGGGCGAGGAGGACAAGAUCUUCGACAUCGAGCUCGCCAAGAAGAUGAAAGAGCAGCUGGGCGACAACUGCUUCCUGCACGGCAUCCCCAAGGCCGGCCACAUGCUGCACGUCGAGCGGCCGUGCGCCUACAACCGCCAGCUCCAGAGGUGGCUUAGCUACCUCAACUCCGUCGAAGAAGGAGAUCAGGCCAGCUGAUCGGUUCGUCCCAAAGCCAACGUGUGCCCGGAGAGCAGGGUGCAUGCCCUGCUCCUGCAGAUCAUUCAGUUCGAUUGAUUCGGCUUGUUUCCUGUAUGCUCCUGUUCUUUCUGUUUGCUCUUGACGUUGCUGUUGCAAAGGAAGGAAGGAGUAGUAGCUAGCCCACACAUGCACUAGUGUUGCCUCGUACGUGAUGCCUUAUUCGUUUGGAUUCUUUGUGAUUCUUCAAUCGUUCAUAUAUGCAACGUGAUGUAAUAAUACGUUGGUACGCAAAAGAAAUUACAUGCAUGUCGUUCUUCUUUUUGU